AUCUCAUCUUAUCACCAAAAUCGCGAGAUGGUAUGCACGCUUCACAUUGCACCACCAAGUCAAAGCACAUCAAUUUGCAGCUAAACAAUAUGCCCGAGUCAGCAAAAAAAACCUAUCGCGCCACUAACAGAAAUGUAUCCACACAGCCAACUGCGGCCAGACACCCUCUCAAUGUGCGGCCGCUGGGGAACCUGUUUUUUGAUGAGUUAGUGACCGGUCCCACGCGAGAAGAGCAGAUGGGUGAUUUUUCUGUUUUUCCCGAGGACCUUUUCAUGGACAUGGUGGGCUAUGUGGAUGAUGCCGAUUCUUUAAAGGCCUUGUCACAUACCUCGCGUGUUUUGUACGCGUACUUGUACGAUGAGGAUCUCUGGAAGAAAUACUAUACGUCCAAGGCGCAGAAGGCAGAAAGGGCGGGGGAGCAAACCCCAGACCUUGUGUGGCGAGGCUCAUGGCGCCUGAGUGUUUUGAAAUUGCCCAUGACGCAGCAGGCCGACUUGAAAAUCCCGGGCAAUCUUCUUUGUUCCGAUCUUCUCUACCGCCCGUUCCAGUGUUCGCAGAUUGACUACAACACGUUGUUUGCCAAGUUGAUCCACGAGGAGGAAACAUAUCAUUUGGACUCCUUGAAAAGCAGCUCGCCACUCCCGGUCCCUGGCGGCAGGAUCCCACGGGUUCCGGAAUCCCACAUGUCUCAAGCAAGCUUCGACGAGUCAUGGAACGGACGCCCAUUUAUUCUCACCAACCCCGAUAGAAACAGGUGGCCUCGCUGGACCUUGCAGGAUUUGCUCCACCGCUUUGCGGACGUGAAGUUCCGCCAAGAGGCCGUCAGGUGGCCGCUCUCACUAUACUCGCAGUACUUGGCUUCCAACUGUGACGAGAGCCCUCUUUAUUUGUUUGACUGCAACAGCAUAGCCAUGCAAACACUUCGCAAGGAGUACACUGUGCCCGCGAUUUUCCAACCCGACCUCUUCACGAAUUUUGGAAAGUGCCGACCCGACCAUGCUUGGCUCAUCAUAGGCUCGCAGCGGUCAGGCUCCACCUUCCAUAAAGAUCCCAACUACACUUCUGCUUGGAACACGGCAAUUGCCGGCAGGAAGAUCUGGGUGAUGUUUCCACCCGGAGUCUGUCCUCCGGGCGUUUCCACUGACGAAGAGGAGAGUGAAGUCACGUGUCCUGUCGGCAUUGCCGAAUGGGUUCUUUCUGGCUUUUUUAAUGACGCAGCUAACCUGGCCGAUGCUCUCAUAGGUAUUACUUUUCCUGGUGAGUGCAUGUAUGUUCCCAGCGGGUGGUGGCAUACGGUCAUCAACCUUGACGAAAGUAUCGCGUUGACCCAGAACUUCGUACCCGAUGUGAAAUUAGGCAACGCUCUUCAUUUCCUCAAAAACAAAGGCAAGCAAAUCUCGGGAUUCCGGCCACUUGAGGUGAGAAACGAGUGCAAAGCUAUAUUGGAAAGUCUUUCCCUUGACGAAAAGGAAGGCGCUGAAGACAUUAGCGUCCUCACGAAUUACUGCGAAGCAUUUGACAAGAGGAAUCUCAAAGACUUCAUAUUGAACGAAGAUUGUGGUGAGAUAAUGGAGUCCGAGUUACCUCCUUUGCCUGUAUUUGAACUCUUCAGGCUUCUUCUUUUGAAGGCAGGCAAGAAAGAGCAAUUACAGAGAGGCAUGAUGGCGUUACAACGCAAAGAAAACGCUGAGCUACAGAAAGCUAAAGGCGUGAGCGAGAGAUGGCAAAAGUUGACCGAGUCCUCUUCAACCUUUAGCUUUGGGUUUUCGGUUUCGGACAACGAGUCGGAGUAGAGAUGUGGAUCUCAAAUCAGUACAAACACCAGUUUUGAGACGAUCUACAGUUGACGUUUCUUUCAAAGAGUGAGAAUCGAUACUUUGUUCUUUUCGAAAAAGAGCCCAGAACUUGACUUGAGUAGUGUGUCUGCCAAAAGCUGGUAGCUUAGCGGCGAGGAGUUAUUGUAUAUUCAUUUUUGGUUGAAUGUAUUAUUAUAGGGCCUCUAGAGGAAAUGAAUAGUCCGUACCACUGCAAAUUACAAAAUAUUCUAAAGUGAUACCUCACCAGUGAACACUUGC